AUGUCUCCAAUACUCCAUCUGGCUUCCCGAAGCCUUCCUUUAAGGCUCUCAGGAUGGCUAUCUUUCAGCCGAGGCUUUUCCUCGGUGCCCAGACUUUUUCAGGAGUCCGGAGCUGCUGGAUCUACUGCCACUGUUAGCGAGAUGAUACCCUCUGCCAAUGUGGCAGACUCCAGACUCAACGCAGAACUCAAGAAGCUGUUCGUGAAACACGCCGGUCCUACAUUCACUCCAGUUCAACAUGAAUCAAUUGCUGAGUUUUUGGACUCGAAAGUGGGAAUCGUUGUCCGUGCUAAGACCGGUACCGGUAAGACUCUCGCGUUUGGAGUUCCUAUUUUCCAGGAUUUGCUCGAAGACAAAUCAUAUGAUCCGAACUACAUCCACUCGGUUGUUCUUUCACCAACUAGAGACCUUGCUACUCAAACUACGGCUGGUCUUAUGAAAUUCGUCGAGGAUUCCAGAUCUCUUUCCAAGUGUGGAGGUGUGCUUUCAGUGGUAGGUGGAUUGCCUAUCCAAAGACAGGUUGAUGCCGUGACCAGAUCCAGAUACGUUCCAAGCAUUGUGUCAGCUACACCAGGUAGACUUAUCGAUUUACUUUCCAGAAGAGACUUUGCUGAAAAGUUCUCGAAGGUUAGGUACUUGAUCAUUGAUGAGGCUGACGAGAUGGUGAGUAAUGACUUUCUGUUCGCCAUUGAAGAGAUCAUGGCUGUUUUGCGCAAGAACAGUGUUGUUGAGAAUGAUGUAAAGUUCAAGACCAUGAUGUUCAGUGCCACCAUGAGCGAUUCUGUUUUCACCAUGGGUAAGAAAGUGCUGGGAAAGGACUUCCACUACAUCGACUGUAACCACGGUUCCAACGAAACCAACAGCAUGAUCAAGCAAUCUCUGAUCAAAACUGAUUCGCUGUUCCACAGUUACGCUGCUGCCAUUCAAUUUGUUUUGGACAAUGCAGCCGACAGAACUUUCAAGCCAAUCAUUUUCUUUGCCAGUACUGCCAACGUGGAAUUGUUCAAGUCAAUGCUUUUCAACGUAAUGAAGGCCAAUGACGGUGCUUUCAUGAGACAAUUCAUGCUACAUGGAAAGAUGAGACAGAAUCACAGAGACAGAGCCCAAAUGAGUUUCAGAAAGGGCACCAACGUUGCUUUGAUUGCUUCCAACGUGGCAGCCAGAGGAAUGGACUUCCCCGAGGUUUCCCAUGUUUUGCAAGUAGGUGUGAACCACGAUAUCUCCAGUUACACCCACAGAGUGGGUAGGACUGGAAGAGGUGGUAAGGAGGGACAUUCCGUUCUGAUUUUAACCAAGGCCGAGUUGCCUUUUGCAGAAGCCCUAAAGAAGGAGGGUAAUGUGUUUGAGGACAUCACAGACUACCAGUCUACUCCGGAGUUUGACGAGGCCGUGAAAAAUGGUCUCAGAAAUCCUAGUGAUGCUCACGAGAUGGCUCUUGCCAGUUUGAACUCGUGUCUUUCGCUCCCUCAGAACGUGGCCAGAUACAUGAACCACGAAGACUUGGUUGGUGAGUGUGCCGCAUUUGUUCAGGUUUACGACGAAGAGAAACUGUUCAUUCCAGAUUACCUUGUGAAAAACUUGAAGGUGAACACCACGUUUUUGCGUGAACAUUUCAAGAUCAGCGACAGAGUCACCAACAAGGCCAGUAGACCCAGUCGUGGUGGAUUCAGUGGUGGAUCCAAAGGUGGAUUUUCAUCCGGUGGUAGAGGCGGAUUUUCAUCGAGAGGUGGAUCCAGAGGUGGAUAUUCUUCUGGAGAGUCAAGAGGAGGUUACUCUUCAGGCUCCAGAGGAGGAUAUUCUUCUGGUGGUUCCAGAGGUGGAUACUCUUCUGGUGGUUCGAGGGGUGGAUACUCUUCGGGCUCUAGGGGAAGUUACUCCAGAGACUCUUCUGAUAGUUACUCCUCUAACUCCAGGGGUGGUUCAAGAGGUUCAAGAGGUGGAAAUUCCAGAGGGGACAGAUUCGAGUCUUGA